GCGCUGGUUAUCGUUUGCAACGCAAGCUGCAAAUUUAGAAAACAAAAGCAAAAGGAAAAAAGUAGUAAAUGGGGUGUGAGGACGCUGCACCAGAAAAACGACCGAGGUCAGUGGGUGUGAGUUCAAAUGGUCGUUGUUUUAACUGAAAUUUAAACUGCUUACUUCUAUUUCUUUACUAUUUUAGACAGUUGUGGUACCUCGCUUAAAACCCAACAUCAUGUUUCUCAUUGCAUUGCGUCAUACAUUUCCUUUUUUAAAACUUCUUCAAAAAUAUUUUUGCUCUUGCAGCCAUUUUAAUCUCACUUAAGAACAAAGAAGUUGAGAAGGAACUUGUCGAACAAAGAUUACGAACAACGGAAUGGGUUGAAGACCUCAGUUAAGACAACAGCCAUGAACAUUACACUGGCCAUGAAUAACUCAACCAACACAACUCUCAAAGAGUCACGACAGAGCAACAACCAACAUAUUUUCGCAGAAGUUAUUCCCAUAGCAAUUUUGAUCAUCCUCACGAAUGGAGUUGUUUUUCUUCUCUUCUACAAAACGAAAAGCUUACGUACUCCAGCAAACUACCUGCUACUCAGCUUAGCCAUAAGCGACUUAAUGACAGGGUUGAUAAAUAUCCCUCUGUUUAUCGCUCAAACUUUAAACUCAGGUGAUUAUCGAAUUAUAUGUGCUUCAAUCCUCUUGCACAACGUGGCCUCAUUUUCAAUAGCCUAUCAUAUAACCGUCAUUACGGCAGAAAAAUAUCUUGCAGUAGUUGAUCCGUUUGGUCGUAACAUGAUGAGCAAAAAGACAGUUUCCAAGACUGUGAGUAUGGUUUGGCUUUGGUCGGCAUUACUUGGAACACUUCCUUCCUUUUGGUUCGAAAAAUGGUGGCUAUCUCUUGAACCUUCCACCUUAUACUUGUACGUCGGAUACAACAUUUUCUGCCUCGUCUUCGUGUUUUUGGUGCCGUUUAUGUUUAUGCUUUAUGCGUACUGCGUCAUGUUCAGAGCUAUUUGGAAAUCCUUACAGAGAAGAGAUUCUCGAACCUCGAAGAAGUCUACCAACGAGAAAAAGUGCCUGAUAAUUCUGUUGACAAUGGCAGUUACCUUUGCCAUCUGUCGGCUACCAUUGUUUACAAUGUUCUUAAUAUAUUCUUUCAGUAACGUUGGAUGGAUUAAUACCGCGUCUCACCCCGCCAUGAAACACGUUGCGCAAACAUUUACUAUCGUCCGAUAUCUUAGCUCUGCGAUCGACCCUUUGUUGUACACCUUCUUUAAGCAAGAUUUUUGGAAUGCUUUUCGUGCUCUCUUCUUGAAUGAGCGCCAACCGAGAACUCUCCGGCCAGCAGUGAUCAGAAUGACCUGACUGUAGAUGGAAGUCAUAUGGAAAACCGCGUGACUGAAGAGAUGGUUGAGCUGCACCAAGGCACAGACAAAACGAAAUAACUUUUAAACCACAUAGUCUGUAUUUACAUUCUGCGGAAAAACAGGAUGGUGUGUUCUUUUUAUGUAAAACAUUAAAAACCUCGGCAAGAUGUGUAAAGCUGGCUGCCGACUACGUGAAAUCGACUAAAGGGAUGGCUAACGGCUAUCAAGUCACACAUGUAGCCAGGGGCACCCAACGAGGAUAUAGUUCAAAACCACUUAACAUAGCAUUGUUGAACGUAUUUUAGUAUUCAAACGGUAGAUAUAGGCAUAUUUUUAU